AUGGAGCUGUACAACGAGGAGAUCAACGACCUGACGACGACGGGCCCGGGGUCGCGCAACCUGCGGGUCCAGGAGGACCGCGAGCUCGGGGUGUGCGUCAAGGGGCUCGCGGAGGAGCUCGUCGCGACGCCCGAGCACGUCCUACAGCUCCUCGAGCGCGGGGAGCGCCACAGGCACGUGGGAGAGACGAAGAUGAACCAGCAGUCGUCGCGGUCGCACACGAUCUUCCGCAUGGUCGUGGAGUCGCGGGCGCGCACCGCGGGGGGCGGGUCGGCGACGGAGACGGCGUCGCCCGCGUCGACGGUGGCGUCGGGGGAUCAGCCGCGCGGGCAGGACAGCGUCUGGGUGUCGACGCUCACGCUCGUCGACCUCGCGGGCUCCGAGCGCGUCUCGAAGACCGGCGCGGAGGGCAUGCGCAUGAAGGAGGGCGCGGCAAUCAACAAAUCCCUUCUCACGCUGGGCACAGUCAUCUCGAAGCUCAGCGAGGGCGAGUCUGGGCACAUCCCGUACCGCGACUCGAAGCUCACGCGCAUCCUCCAGCCCUCCCUCGGCGGCAACGCCAAAACGGCCGUCAUCUGCGCCGUCACGCCGGCGAGCAUGCACGUGGAGGAGACGCACUCGACGCUGCGGUUCGCGUGCCGCGCCAAGCAGGUCACGAACCACGCGGUGCAGAACGAGGUGCUCUCGGACGCCGCGCUCCUCAAGCGCCAGCAGCAGGAGAUCGAGGCCCUGAAGCGGCGCCUGGCGGACGGCAGCGACGCGAGGGGGGUGUCGGAGCUCGACGCCCUCCGCGAGCAGCUGCGGCGGUACGAGGCGGAGCUCGCGCGGUACGCGGAGGCCUCGCGCGAGAGCGGGAUGAUGUCGGGCAGCGAGGGCGCGGCCCCCCCCGACGCUGCGGCUGCAGAGGACACCGUCGUCGGCGGCGGGUCGCGGCGGGCGACGUUCUGCGUGCUUCGCGCCGCGGGGAUGUCGCAGGCCGCAGACGGCUCGUCCCGCGGCAGCGUCCCGGCGCAGAUGCGCGUCGGGGGCAAGCGUGCCGUGAGCGCCGCCAUGCUGGGCGCGCCCGUGGGCCCGCUGAAGCAGCAGCGCACGGCGUCCCCGGGCGCCGCGAACGACGGCGCGAUGCGGCAGAUCCGCGAGCUCCAGGAGCAGCUCGACGCGGCGGAGGCGCAGCUGGUGCAGGUGGUGCGGGAGCGCGACAGGCUGGUGCCUCAGCUCGAGGAGACGCGGUGGCGGCUGCGGCAGGCGGAGCGGAAGAGCGUGGCGAGCGGGGCGCAGGAGGGCGAGGCGCAGGGGCUGCGGCGGGAGCUAAGCAGCAUGGGGGCGCGGAUGGAGGAGGCGGCGGCGGAGGCGCAGCGCAGGGUGGCGGAGGCGGACGGGCGCGCGGCGGACGCGGCGGCCGAGGCGGCGGCGCUGCGGGUCGAGCUCGAGGGCGCGAGGAACGACCUCGUGCAGGAGCGCGAGGCCACGGCCCGCGCAAACGCCAAGGUCGACGAGGUGCGGGAGCGCGAGGCCGCGCUGGGCGCCGCGAUCAAGGAGCACGAGGCGGCAGCGGAGCGCGCAGCUGCGGACGCAGCCUCCACGGCGGAGCGCCUGCGCGCGUCCGAGGCCCGCGUCGCCGAGCUCUACGACGAGACCCUCCGCCUCGAGGCCCAUUGCCAGGACCUCGAGUCCCGCAAGCGCCCCCCGCUCUACCAGCGCAAGCAGGAGGCGGAACUGCAAGCAUACCGCGAGAAGGCCGAGGCCGCGGAGCUGCGCGCGCUCGAGAUGGAGGCCGAGGCGAAGGUCGCGCGGGACGCGCGCGAGGCGGACCGUCGCGCCCUCCGCGACGCCAAGACCGACCUGGAGGAGCUGCGGCAGCGACACGCGCGCGAGCGGGAGGAGCUGGAGGAGGCGCACGCGGCGGCGGAGAAGCGGCUGAGUGCGGAGCGCGCUGUGGCGCUCAAGGAGCUCGAGUCGACGCGUGCGGCGCUCGGCGCGCGCGUCGAGAGCCUGCUGGAGGCCACGCGGGAGCUCGAGGCGGAGCGCGUGGGGCUGCAGGAGCGGCUCGCGGCGGCGAACGACGUCGCGGACGCGCUGCGGCGCGCGGAGGCGGAGCUGAGCGAGGCGGCGGCGGAGGCGCAGGCGUGCGCGGACGCCGCGGCGUCGCGGAACCGGGAGCUCGAGGACGCAAUGGAGGUGGCGUGUGCCGAGCGCGACGCGGCGGUGGCGCGCGCGGAGGAGGCCGAGGGGCGCGCGGAGAGCGCGGGGGCGGAGAAGCUGGACCUCGAGGCGGAGCUGGCGCGCGCGGCGGGGGCGCUGAACGCGGCGAACGAGCUGCGGGACCUCAAGGCGCGGCACCGCCAGGAGACGGCGCGCCUCAAGCAGGAGAAGAUCGCGGCGGAGCGGAGCCUGAAGACGACGGGGGCGAAGGGCAGCAAGGACGCGGAGCUCGCGCGGAAGGAGCUGGACCGGACGCGGGAGCGGCUGGCGAAGGUCGAGGAGCGGCUGAAGGCGGCGCUGGGGGACAAGAGCGCGGCGGUGGCGGAGCGGGCGCGCGCGGAGGGGGAGCUGAAGAAGCUGCAGCGGGACCACGCGCUGGCGUCGAAGAAGCUCGAGCGCAUCGAGGAGCGCGAGGCCAAGAAGCGCGAACACAUCCAGCAGGAACUCACGGCUGCGAAGGCCCAGGUCGAGGAGCUGACGCGGCGCUUUGGCGACGUGGGCAACGAGCUGGACCGGGUGCGCACCGAGCUGGACGAGCGCACCUCGGAGGCCUCGCGCACUACGAUGGAGCUCAACGGCACCAAGAGCGACCUCGCAGCGUCGCGCGGGCGCUGCACGGAGCUCCAGGACGCCUUGCAGGACGCCGAGACGGCGCGGGACGACGCCGUCGGCAAGUGCACCGCGCUCGAGGGCGAGCUCGCGUCGUCGAAGGCGGAGGUCGAGCGGCUGCGCGAGCAGGUCGCCGAGGUCGAGGGCGCGCUCGAGGAGCUGCGCGCGGAGUACGCUGGCGAGAAGGAGCGGCUGGAGGGUCUGGUGGAGACGACGAAGUCUGACGGGGCGCGGGCGCUCGCGGACGCCGAGGCGGCGCACGCGGCGCAGGUGGCGGCGCGCGACGGCGAGAUCGCGGACGUGACGCAGCGGCUGGCGGCGUGCGAGCGUGCGCGGGACGAGGCGGAGGCGCGGCUGCCGGAGAUCGAGCACCUGCGCGGGGAGCUGGCGGACGCGGGCGAGAAGCUCGCUGCGGCGGAGUACGCGCGCGGGGAGGCCGAGGAGUGCGCGAAGUCGACGGAGGAGCGGCUCACGGCGGAGCGCGACGUGCUGCGGAACCAGGUCGCGGACAUCGCCGCGGAGCGGGAGCGCCUGAGCGCGGACCUGACGUCAGCGCGCGCGGCCGAGUCCGAGGCGACGAAGCGCGGCGCGGAGCUCGCGGCGGAGCUCGACGCCGCCCGGCACGAGGCGUCUGUGCUGACGACGAAGCUCGAGGCAGCGGAGAGCCGCCUGGAGACGACGCGGCAGAACCUGGAGGCCGCGGUGCGGGAGCGCGCGGAGGAGCGGCAGAGGAACGACGCGGAGGCGGCGGAGGCGCGCGAGCGGAUCGCCGCACUGGAGGCGGAGUCGAAGGAGCAUGCGGAGGACGCGCAGGCGGCGCGGGCCGAGCUGGACCGGGCGCGGAAGGAGCACAUGGGCGCGAUGGAGGCCGCACGGGCGCUCGCGGCGGAGGAGCUCGCGCGCGAGGCGUCCGCGGCGUCCGCGGCGCUGGCAGCUGCGAAGGAGGAGGGAGCGCGGGCGGCGGAGGAGGCGGCGGCGAAGCUUGCGGCCGCGGAGGGCGAUGCGGGCGACCGGGAGCGGGCGCUGCGGUCCGAGAAGGAGGACCUCGAGAGGCAGAUCGCGGAAGGAGUCGCGAAGAUGCAGGCCGCCGAGAAGACCAUCGAGGGCCUCGGGAAGCAGCUGGAUGCCGCGAACGCGACGGUUGCCAGCCGCGACGCGGACCUGCGCGGCGCGGAGGACCGUGCUGCUGCGCUGGCGGCGGAGCGCGACGCGCAGAGCGGGCGGGCUGCGGCGGCGGAGGCGGACCUUGGCGCGGCGCAGACGGAGAUCGCGUCGCUGUCAGCGGCGCUCGAGCGCGCGGAGGGGCGCGCGAAGGCGCUGCGGCAGGACAUGGACGCUGCGCAGGUGGAGGUGGAGGCGUCCCGCGGCAAGGUGGCGGCGCUGGAGAGCACGCGGAACGAGCUGGAGGUGCGGCUGCAGGCGAUGACGCACGAGAUCGAGCGCGCGAGCGAGCGCGUGCAGGACCUGGAGGCGGAGCUUGCGGGGGCGCGGGAGGGCGCGGGGCGCGAGCGGGCGGCGCAGGAGCGGGCGGAGAGCGCGGAGGCGGCGUGGGAGGAGCUGCGGGGGCGCGCGGAGGGGCUGGAGGCGCGGGAGGGGCGGCUGCGGGAGGAGGCGGAGCGGGCGACGGCGCAGGCGGAGGCGCUGCGAGAGAAGCUCGCAGCGCAGACGCGCGCCGUCGACGACCUGCGCGCGGAGCUGGAGAUGCGUGCGUCCCAGAUCGACACCGCGGCGCGCCACCGCAAGGAGGCCGAGGCCGAGCGCGCCCGCCUCGAGCGCGCCCUGUCGGAGGCAAUGACCCGCACGUCGCACGUCGAGGCCGAGCUCGCGGAAGCGCGCAAGUCGGUGCUCGCGGUCGAGGCGGCCCAUGCAGAGGUCGAGGCAGCGCGGACCGAGCGCGCCCGCACGGAGGAGCGGUGUGCGGAGCUCGAGCGGCGGCUGGUUGCGGCACGUGGACAGUCGCGGCGCCUCGGCGGGGACGACGACGCGUUCGGGACGCCCGCGCGCGGGGACAGCACGGCGUCGAUCGCGAUGGCGCGGCGCGUCGCGGAGCUCGAGCGCGCCCUCGAGGCAGCGCGCACUGCGGUGCCUGCGCCGGUUGUUGACGAGGAGGCCGUCCGCCUGCGCGCGGACCUGGAGGGCGAGCGGGAGCGGACGGCGGCGCUCGAGAAGCAGGCGGCGGAGCUGCGACAGCGCGAGGAGGCGCUGAUGCAGACGGUGCAGCGGCUGAACCUGGAGAAGCGGCGGUUGGCGGCGGCAGGGGCGGGGGCGGGCGCGCAGGCGGCGUCGAUGCCGACGGAGCAGGUAGCGGCGUACGAGCAGGAGAUCCGGAAGGUGAAGCAGGCGCACAUCAAGCUGCAGGCGCUGCAGCACCGCAUGAAGGCGGAGUUCCUCAAGCAGGGGUGGUCGGAGGAGAACGCGGAGAGGCUCGAGGGGGUGCUGUCGAAGGAGUACGACAACGCCGUGCUCGAGGGGAAGCUGCGGAAGCUGCAGCAGGAGGUGCAGGCGCUGCGCGCCGGGCGGGGCGUGGGGCUGCAGGCGUCGUCGACGCGCGCCAACGCUGCGCAGCUGUCGCCGGGGAAGGCUGCGGGCGGCGGACGGGUGCGGGAGGCGCGGGGCGGCGCUGUGGGGACUGGGAAGGAGAACUGA